AUGACCACUCUGGCGUCCCCAGUCACCAGAACGCCUCCACCACGCAACGGUCAUCCAGAAAACACUGCAGCCUCCGAUCAUCCGAUCUCCUGUGAUGAGAUGAUGGACGAAGCAGAGAACCACCAGGAAGAAGAUUUGCUAGAGCCGGAUCCUCAGUUUGGCGACAGUCAUCCGAUUCCGAACCGAACCUCUACCGAACGCCCGGUCCCUACUCGUACAUCACUCCCAGAAAAACGGCACACGGAUCUCACCGACCCAUCUCAGCCGGCACUAGUUCAACGAAUAAAGAGAGAGGCGCCGACAUUCGACCCGCCGGUGUCCUUUGAUGAGAUGAUGGACGAAGCGGAGAACUACCAGGAAGAAGAUUUGCUAGAGCCGGAUCCUCAGUUUGGCGACAGUCAUCCGAUUCCGAACCGAACCUCUACCGAACGCCCGGUCCCUACUCGUACAUCACUCCCAGAAAAACGGCACACGGAUCUCACCGACCCAUCUCAGCCGGCACCGGUUGAACGAGUCAGGAGACAGGCGCCAACAUUCGACCCACCGGUGUCCUUUGAUGAGAUGAUGGACGAAGCGGAGAACUACCAGGAAGAAGAUUUCCUAGAGCUGGAUUCCCAGUUUGGCGACAUUCGCCCAAACCGACCCCCUUUCGAACGCCUGGUGCCUACUCGUGCAUCACUCCCAGAAAAACGGUACACGGAUGUCACUGGCCCACGAAUCAGAAGAGAAGCGCCGACAUUCGACCCGCCAGUGUCCAUUGAUGAGAUGAUGGACGAAGCGGAGAACUACCAGGGAGAAGAUUUCCUAGAGAUGGAUUCUCAGUUUGGCGACAGUCAUCCAAACCGACCCACCUCUGCCCAACGCCCGAUCCCCACACUCCCAGAAGAACGGCAGAGAGAUCUCGCCGACCCAUCCCAGCCUCGCUGGAUCCCUACUACUUCCAUCGUGGCCACCAAACUUGACGGGACCAAGAUCCGUAUUCCUCGGCGCAAGAAGAUCGGCUCUACUCAGGUUACGAGAGGUGGUUCGAAGUCCACUGAAGCUUUACAAAAGCAGUGCCUCGAAUUGCUCGAUGAACCGAUUCACCGAAUGUUGCAAGCAGUUCGCGAAGAAAUUUUACACAAAGACGUCCUAGCCGCAGCGUCGGCGAGUCUACCCCCUAAAGUCGAAAACCCAAACCCUGGUCCACGUUCUCUCUGGACAGAUCGUUAUCGACCGGCCAAAUUUAUUGACUUGAUUGGUGAUGAGCGAACAUUUAGGAGCGCAAUGAGCUGGUUAAAAACAUGGGAUAGAUGUGUGUUCAAGAAGAUAGAAUCCAAGAAACGAAAACGGGACAGAUCACAGCCACAGUGGGGUUCGAGUGCGCAAUCGAAUUUGUUUGCCGAAGCAGCGGAGACUGAUCCAUAUGGACGUCCUCAGGAAAAAGUCCUACUAUUGGCCGGCAAGCCUGGUCUGGGAAAGACGACGAUGGCCGAAGUUUUGGCGACACAAGCUGGGUACCAAGUUAUCGAGAUCAACGCCAGUGAUGAUCGAAGCUCGCGGACGGUGACGGAUCAGAUCAAGAGCGCACUGGAAAGUCGAACAUUAGAUGCUGGGGCCAAGUUCGGAGGCGGCCUUUCACUCAAGUCUAACCGCCCGACAUGUGUGAUCAUCGAUGAAAUUGAUGGCGCCGCCGCCGGUGGUGGUGGUGGUGGUGGGGCCGGGGGUAACGAGGCUGGAUUCGUCAAAGCACUGGUUAAGUUGGUUACCGAAGGCAGCACGAAUGUGACCAAAGUUAACAGUAAAGGAAAAAGUCUUGAUCAGAGACCACUACUGCGACCAAUAAUUUGUAUAUGCAACGAUUUGUAUGCGCCAGUACUUCGGCCACUACGACCGAUUUCGCGAAUUAUCAGAUUUAACAAUCCAACGCCAUUGACGAUCGUCAAACGAUUGCAGACGAUCUGCAAAUCCGAGAAGCUGUUAGCCGACCUAAACAACCUGAAUUACUUGGUCAAGUUAGCCUCGGGUGAUCUGAGGAGCUGUCUAAACACUUUGCAGUUCAUCAGCACUCAGAGUACCACGCUCACCGAUCAAAUCAUCAAGUCCGCUGUCGAAGCUAGCGUCAAAGAUUCCGGCUCAUCUAUCCAAACUGUUCUAUCUCACUUAUUCAAAAUUCCCGUCAGAAAAUCGGCAAGCAAGAAGGAUCCAUCUGGCUCGAAGGAUGUGUAUCUCACUGAAUUGAUUAGAGACAUCAGUGCCUGUGGCCAGAAUGACCGGGUUGUCCAGGGCUGCUUCGAGUCAUACUUGACGAUGAAGCAACCGACGGAUCUGUGGCGGACGUAUGAACGCUUACAUGAUUGGCUAGAGUUUUACGACCGACUGGAGACGAAGAUUUGGAAGGACCAGGAGUACCAGCUGUCGAGUUAUGUGCCUUAUUCGAUCGCGAUCUGGCGAGAACUGAUGGGAAACGUGACCAAUAAGGCCCCCGAUUACCCCAAAGUCGAGUAUGAGCACUUCCUCAAACGGUCCAUCAACGAGGAGACUCUUUCCACCUUCAACGCCAACUUACCUCCAGUCGUCAAAGCUAGCUUCAAAUCUCGAGAAGUCGUCUGCGAACUCCUGCCCUUCUUGAUCAGGAUCUUGUCAGUUGACCUUCGACCUGUUAACUCCAAGUUGAUCAAAAAGGAGGAGAAAGAAGUCCUGUCCAGGCUGGUUUCUAUCAUGAUCGAACUGGGCCUGAGGUUCGUUCAAGAUAAGGGUGAAGAUGGCCAACUCUCAUAUACCUUGGAACCAGCGGUCGAUUUCCCAGUUUAUUACGAAGGGAAAAGGCCAGUUGAUAUCCCGCCGCCGAGAUAUUCGGUCCGGCAGAUGAUUCUCAAUGAGAUGAAUUUGUUGGCCCGUGCCCGCAAACAAGAUCGGCCAACCGCCUCCGAUAAGACGCCCGGCACGGCUGCUUCCAUCAUCAAUGCUUACAAACAGAAACCUAAUGCAUUGAAACCCGAUCUUCCAGAGAAAGCUGCGCUCGAUUUCUUCGGGCGCAAACGGAUCGAAACAAACCAGCAAGAUAAAACAGGUCCUACCACAGGUCAGAAAGAUCUGCCCAAAGAGAAGGUGAAAAUACUCUAUAGAUAUCAUGAGGGAUUUUCUAAUGCUGUCAAGAAAGGAAUUACGUUCAAUGAAUUGAUGUCAAAAUGA